GGACUGGAAGAUUCUGCUCACAGUGACGUCUCUUAGCAGCAGCUGGUCAUAGUUACCAGUCUCAGCCUUCUUCUAGGUGCUCUCUAGACAACUAAAUGGUCCAUGUAGCGUCUCUUUUUGGUAGAAUAUUAAACGUCAAAGGGUGUCUUCUCCAAGAGUAACUGUUUUGGAUCUACAAGAUAAGAUAAACAUUUUUCUUGUAUGAGCACACAAAGAUCCUCUGAACAAUGAAGCGCAGUAAGCACCGCGGACACAAGGAGGACAGAAAUGGAGAUGAACCGGCCAUUCUGGAGACACAGAACCUAGAUCCUAACGGCAUGUUAGGCCCAGACCCUGACACCAUCUCUCUGGCCUCUGUCACGGCCGUCACCACAAAUGUAUCCAAUAAAAGAUCUAAACCAGACAUUAAGAUGGAGCCCAGUUCUGGAAGACCAGUGGAUUACCAAGUCAGUGUGACUGUGAUUGAAGCCAGACAGCUGGUGGGACUGAACAUGGAUCCAAUGGUCUGCGUAGAGAUUGGAGAUGAUAAAAAGUACACCUCCAUGAAGGAAUCCACUAACUGUCCUUACUACAAUGAAUAUUUUGUGUUUGACUUCCACAUUCCUCCAGAUGUGAUGUUUGACAAAAUCCUGAAAGUGUCUGUUAUCCACUCCAAAAAUCUUCUGCGCAGUGGAACACUUGUUGGGUCUUUUAAGAUGGAUGUUGGCACCAUCUACUCUCAGCCAGAACAUCAGUUUUACCAUAAAUGGGCCCUAUUGUCCGACCCAGACGACAUCACAGCAGGGUGUAAAGGUUACGUUAAAUGUGACAUUGCAGUUGUGCAGUGCAAUUUGUUGCUACCAGAGGGGGUGCCUUCGGAGCGACAGUGGGCUCGUUAUUACCUGAAGAUCUACAGAGCAGAGGGUCUCCCUAGAAUGAACACCAGCCUUAUGGCCAACGUCAAAAAGGCUUUCAUUGGAGAAAAUAAGGACCUGGUUGAUCCUUAUGUCCUAGUACAUUUUGCUGGACAGAAGGGGAAAACAUCCGUUCAGAAGAGCUGCUAUGAGCCUAUCUGGAAUGAGCAAAUUGUUUUUACAGAGAUGUUUCCACCACUGUGCAAACGCAUGAAGAUCCAGAUCCGUGACUCGGAUAAAGUGAAUGACGUUGCCAUAGGAACACACUUCUUAGAUCUCAAGAAGAUUUCCAAUGAUGGUGACAAAGGCUUCCUUCCCACCCUGGGACCAGCCUGGGUCAACAUGUAUGGCUCCACUCGCACCUAUACCUUGAUGGAUGAGUACCAGGAGUUAAACGAAGGGCUUGGUGAAGGCGUGUCUUUCAGGGCCCGUUUGCUCAUUAGCCUGGGUGUAGAGAUCCUGGAUCCCUCCUCGCCUGAGGUUACCAGCUCCACAGAGGUGCAGGUGGAGGGAGUGCCCAACAUCUCAGAGAGUGCUACAGGAAAGGUUGAGGAAUUUUUCCUCUUCGCUUCUUUCCUGGAGGCCACAAUGAUCGACAGGAAAAUUGGUGAUAAGCCGAUCAACUUUGAGGUCACCAUAGGUUACUAUGGAAAUGAGAAUGACGGAGUUAUCCAACCAAAAACGAAGGGGAGGAAGGGCAACAGUGAUGAGGAGGAAACUGAACUGAUCCACAACUCCAGUGAGGAGGAGAUGGACGAUGAUGGAGACCUGACAUCAGUGUCAACAUCUCCCCCCAUGAAACCUGUCAUCACAGAUGGAAACUACUUUCAUCUGCCUUACUUUGAGAGAAAGCCGUGCAUUUACAUCAAGAGUUGGUGGCAGGAUCAGAGAAGAAGGCUCUACAAUGCCAACAACAUUGACAACAUUGCUGACAAACUGGAGGACGGACUGAACGACGUGCAGGAGAUCAUCAAAACAGAGAAGUCCUACCCUGAACGCAGACUGCGAGGAGUUCUUGAGGAGCUCAGCCAUGGAUGCAGUCAGUUUAUUUCAUUAGCAAACAAAGACCAGAAUCAGUCUGGCAGAACCAAACUUGACAAGGAGAGGCUAAAGCUGUGCCUGUCAGAAGUGGAGGCCAUAGGUCAACAAGCUAAGGCCAUGAGGUCGCAGGUGAAGAAAAGCACGGUGAGAGAUAAACUCAAACUGGCUCAGAACUUUCUUUCAAAGCUGCGCUUCCUGGCUGAUGAACCUCAGCACAGCGUUCCUGAUGUUUUCAUAUGGAUGAUCAGCAAUGGGAAGCGCAUUGCUUAUGCACGUGUUCCUUCUAAAGACAUCCUUUACUCCAGCAUUGAUGAGGAGAAAGGAAAAGACUGUGGCAAAGUCAAAACAAUCUUCCUCAGGAUUCCUGGUAAAAAAGGUUUUGGACCUGCAGGAUGGACUGUCCAGUCCAAAAUAGAAAUUUAUCUGUGGCUGGGUCUGAAUAGGCAGCGUAAAGAUUACCUGAGUGGCCUGCCCAAUGGAUUUGAAGAAAAUAAGUUGUCCAAAGGACCUGGUCUGCCGUCUUCACCUCCCAUCAGCCUCACCUACAUGAUGAAACAGAUCUUUCAGUUGAGGGUUCACAUGUACCAGGCUCGCAGCCUGUUCGCCGCAGACAGUACAGGUCUGUCUGAUCCUUUUGCGAGAGUUUUCUUCUCAACUCAAAGCCAAGUCACUGAGGUGCUGUCUGAGACUCUGUGCCCCACGUGGGACCAGCUGCUGGUGUUUGAGAAUGUGGAGCUGUUUGGAGAGGCCAGCGAGCUGAGAGACGAUCCACCGAUUAUUGUCAUUGAAUUAUAUGAUCAGGACACAGUGGGGAAAGCUGAUUUCAUGGGGAGAACCUUUGCUAAGCCUGUGGUAAAGAUGGCCGACGAGCACUACGGGCCCCCACGCUUCCCUCCCCAGCUGGAGUACUAUCAGAUCUACCGUGGGAACGGUGCCGCUGGAGAAAUGCUGGCAGCCUUUGAGCUGCUUCAGAUUGGACCCAACGGAAAAGCAGACCUCCCCCCCAUAGAUGGUCCCACAGACAUGGACCGUGGCCCAAUCAUGCCCGUACCACUGGGGAUCAGACCAGUGCUCAGCAAGUACAGGAUUGAGGUUUUGUUCUGGGGCCUGAGGGACUUGAAGAGAGUCAACCUUGCUCAGGUGGAUAGACCACGUGUGGACAUUGAAUGUGCAGGCAAAGGAGUGCAGUCUGCCCUCAUUCAAAACUACAAGAAGAACCCCAACUUCAGCACUCUAGUGAAGUGGUUUGAAGUGGAUUUGCCAGAAAAUGAGCUGCUUCACCCACCACUGAACAUUCGAGUGGUGGACUGUAGAGCUUUUGGCCGCUACACUUUGGUUGGCAACAAUGCUGUGACCACCCUGCGGAAGUUCAUCUACAGGGGGGCCGACAAGCAGGCCAACAACUGGUCCACCACAGAGGAAAUUAUUGUUGUCAGCAUGGAACCUGAACCUGCCUUUAAGAAAAUGGAAACUGUGGUCAAACUAGACUCUUGCUCUGAAGCUGUGGUCAAAGUUGAGGAUGAUGAUAAGGAUGAAAAGGGUAAAAAGAAGAAGAGGAAGAAGGGUGGUGAUGAACCUGAAGAGGAGGAACUUGAUGAGAGCAUGUUGGACUGGUGGUCCAAAUAUUUUGCAUCGAUUGAAACUUUGACUGAAACUCUCAAGGCUCAAGAAGCAGCUCUCUCAGACACGGAGGAAAAAGACGAUAUGGACAUUGCAGAUCGAGGAGACAUCAAAUCUGAAGACUCUCAUGUAAAAAGCGUCAAGAAAGGAAAAGGAAAGAAGGAUAAGAAGAAAAUGACAGUCGAUCCAUUUGAAAAGAAAAGGCCAAAGCUGGAUGAGCUGAAGGUGUAUCCAAAGGAGCUGGAAAGUGAGUUUGAUGGCUUUGAGGACUGGCUGCACACUUUUAACCUGUUCAGAGGAAAAGGCGGUGAUGAUGAUGAYCAAAAUGUUACAGAUGAGGACAGGAUUGUUGGGAAGUUUAAAGGCUCAAUGUGUGUGUACAAAGUGUCAGAUGAUAUGUCCAGAGACACAAACUUCGACUCCAACAUGGGAAUGUUUCAGAACAUUCCCAACAACGACCCAAUCAAUGUUCUUGUCCGCAUUUAUGUCAUCAGGGCUACAGAUCUGCAUCCAGCAGACAUAAAUGGGAAAGCUGACCCCUACAUUGCAAUCAAACUGGGAAAAACAGAGAUAAAAGAUAAAGAGAACUAUAUUUCAAAACAGCUGAACCCUUUGUUUGGCAAAUCCUUUGAUGUGGAGGCCACAUUCCCUAUGGAUUCUACUCUGACCGUGUCAAUUUAUGACUGGGACCUGGUAGGAACCGAUGAUCUGAUAGGAGAAACCAAGCUGGACCUAGAGAACCGCUUCUACAGCAAACACAGAGCUACAUGUGGCAUUUCAUGUAACUAUGCCACCCAUGGCUACAAUGUGUGGAGGGACCCAAUGAAACCGACUCAUAUCUUGGCUAAGUUGUGUAAAGAUGGCAAACUGGAUGGACCACACUAUGGCCCAGGAGGAAGAGUGAAGGUGGAGAACCGUGUCUUCAUGGCUCCAACUGAGAUAGAGGAUGAAAAUGGUCUGAAAAAGCAGACUGAUGAACACCUUGCCCUGACUGUGCUGAGGCACUGGGAGGGUAUCCCAAAAGCUGGCUGCAAACUUGUCCCAGAGCAUGUGGAGACUAGACCACUGCUUCACCCUGACAAACCAGGAAUUGAACAAGGAAGAAUUGAGAUGUGGGUGGAYAUGUUCCCCAAGGACAUGACUGCCCCUGGUCCCGCACUCGACAUUUCACCAAGAAAACCAAAGAAGUUUGAGUUGAGGGUCAUCAUUUGGAACACUGAUGAGGUUGUUUUAGAGGACGAUGACAUAUUCACGGGUGAGAAGUCAAGUGACAUAUUUGUGCGAGGUUGGCUGAAAGGACAGCAGGAGGACAAACAGGACACUGACGUCCACUACCACUCCAUCACCGGAGAGGGCAACUUCAACUGGCGUUUCAUCUAUCCCUUUGACUACCUCAUGGCAGAGGAGAAGAUCGUCAUCUCAAAGAAAGAGUCUAUGUUUGCCUGGGAUGAAACAGAGUACAAGAUCCCCCCUCGACUUAAUCUACAAGUGUGGGAUGCUGAUCACUUCUCAGCUGAUGAUUUCCUGGGUGCAAUUGAGCUGGACCUGAAUCGAUUCCCACGUGGUGCAAAGACCCCCAAGCAGUGCACCAUAGAAAUGGUGACAAAUGAAGGAGAGAUGCCUAUGGUCUCCAUCUUCAAACAGAAGAGGAUCAAAGGCUGGUGGCCCUUUGUGGCCAGAAAUGAGGAUGACGAGUUUGAGCUCACAGGUAAAGUGGAAGCUGAGCUGCACCUUCUGACAGGAGAGGAGGCAGAGAAAAGCCCAGUUGGUGAUGGACGAAACGAACCAGAACCUCUGGAGAAACCCAACCGUCCAGAUGUUGCCCUCCUCUGGUUCCUCAUCCCCCUCAAAGCUGCGAAACACCUGGUGUGCGACCAGUACAGAUGGCUGACCAUCAAGAUCGUCACAGCCCUCCUGCUGCUGGCCAUCUUAGGUCUGUUCCUCUACAACAUGCCCGGCUACAUGGUGAAAAAAAUGCUCGGCGCUUGAGAAUAAAGCCAGGAGGAGGGAUUUAUUUUGUCUUUUGGGUGUGCCGUACACAUUUUAUUUUGUUUUAUUUUUUUUAGGCUUUUCCAAAUUACUGUGUUUCAUAAAACUGUUUUUAAUUUGUAAAACAUGCAGUAAUAACAGUUCAUCCUAACUAUAGAAGUGGCCGCUUGUUUUGAGUGCAUUACUGGUUAUUUGUACAAAYCUUGCAUUGUUAUUGCUGGUGCAAUAGGUAGGCUUUGUUGCUUUGUUGAAUAGUUUUUCUUGUUUGCAUUAUAUCUGUUGUCAGUUUUUUUUUUUUGGACAUGAUAGUUAUCUCACACUGCCGAUUAUCUGUCAGUUGAUUCAACAGAUUUUAGGCUAAAAAUUGGUUUGAUAGUAAUUGAGCAUAUCAUCAACACCUACUAAAAACACGGUAUUUUUACUUGAAACUUUGGCUGCUGGCAUCAACCAUGUCUGCUCGCAACACAUUUCAUCAACCAUUAAAUAUAUUUUAGACUGAAACCUUUGACUGUGCAUUUACAAGUUAUUAACAUUUCGACUUACCCCAAUUCAAGAUGACCACCACAUCAAAUUGAAUUUAGCCAAAACAAAAAUGGCCAAGCCUCCAUUAGUUUUGCAGAUAUUAAGCUACAUUUUUGUGUGGUGGUAGCGAAGACAGUUGCUCAAGACAUUCUCUGAAUGCAGGUUUAAAAAAAAAUCAUAAUUCUGCAUAGCAGCAUUAACAAUGCAACUUUAACUCAGUCCCUUCUCAUUGAAAUCCCAGUUAUGAAAGGCAAUAAGCAUUCCUUCAAAGAAUGUCAAGCAUUUGAAUUUGAAAUUCAUUUACAAUAUUUAUGAAAUUAUUGACCAUGAAAUUGGUUUAUUUAGCAUAAGUUGACUUGUGUUUGGUGUUUUUCCUUUGCCUUGUUCUCAAUGUAUGACAUGUCAAAUUUGUGAAUAAAAUAACUUGUAGAACACUCAA